AUGAAUCAUCAAGGGGUGUCAAAGGUGGAGAGGUGGCAUACACAGCUGACCUUAUCUAUCCUGCACUGGACGACUAUAAAAAGGCAACAAUCUUUCUGCCAGCAAUGCCUUUUGUCCAGGGACUUGUUGAGUGUCACACGAUUGUGUUUAGUCAUCACCUCCAGUAGACAUCAGAAGAUGGCCAGGAUUGCUGUGAUCCUCCUGUUGUCUCUUCAAAUAUUUUUCCCGUUUUCCGCAGCAUCAACUAUUCGGGGCAAAUAUUACAACACAGCACGUUUACCACCACUUACAACAGCAUCAGCAACAACCACAACAACCACCGCAGAACUACCCACCGACCUUCAAGGUAUAGGAUCAACAGAAGAUGUCGACACAACAACAACCUCAACCAACACAACAACCUCAACAACUACAACUGAAUCAACCACACCACCAUCCACAACGACAACCACCCCAGAACCAACAACAACAACAACGACAGUAGCACCUACAACUACUACUACGGAAGAGACAACCACAACUACAUCGGCUCCAACUUCUACCACUACAGAAAGUCUGCCCACAGAUCUUCAGGGCGAGGAGAUCACCACCAGCACACCGACCACCGCAAGCGUGCUAAACGUCUCUGUCGACUUCCAGACUGACGGAGAAGAUCCCCCAGAAUUCUUCGGUCAUGGCCGUUUUGGAUAUAAGAAAAAAUUCUUCAAGAAGAAAAACCCGACCAGGAGCCGUGGCCCCGACUUUCCCGCCCCUGUCCCACUCAGCUUCAAUGUCCCGUUCGCAGAUGAAGGGGACGUCGAGCCGGAUACGCUAGACCAGGUCGGCGAACCGCUGCCGUUUAGAUCUAACGUGUAUCCUGUUUAUAGAAGGACCACAACACGGAGAACCACCAUCCCGGCAACAGAUGCACAGGGCGAACCUGAUACUACCACAGACACGACAGCCCAACCAACCACGACCACACAGUCUACUAGCACAACCCCAGAGGAGACCACGACAACAUCUACUAAACAACAACGGAGCCUACCACAGUAUCAUCUACUGUCCCAACGACAGAAGAAACUACAUCAUCUAAUAGCACAACGACCGAAGAAAUCACGCCCACUGCAACAACGACCGAGGAAACACCUACAACUACAGAGGAAACAUCCCUGGCCACUGAUUUACAGGGAUCAGAAGAAAACACAACUGUUGAGACAACAACACCACUCGCAACUACCACCGCCACCACCUCCCGACCCGGCCCAGGCCCAAUUCUUCCCUACAUUAUUCCACACGGCGCCAUUAUCAUCGCUGCAGUCGCCCCCCAGAACUACAAGAGGGUAG